AAGAAACUCCGAAACCAUUCCACAGCCUUCCUCUUGCCUCUUCCCCAAGUUUUCAAAACCCCUCGUCUCUCUCUCUCUCUCUCUCUCUCUCAAAACAGCUAAAAAAUUUGCAGUUGGUCGCCAUUGUUCAUCUCCGACAUGGAAAGCCGAAGAGCUUCGAGGCUCGCCUAUUCCCUUUUAGCGGCCGCCUCUAAACCCGCAAGACUCCCACCCUCUCUGCCUCGUGCUUACGCUCUCUCUGCUUCCACUUGUAGUUUUUGGUGCAAUCUCGCCACUGCUUUGUCUCGCCCUUCGAUUUUCCGCCGAUUAUCGGAUAGCAAUGUCUCUUCGGCUAAGUUUCUGGGCGACACUCUCAUGCGGCGCCACCAGUUCCACUCUUCCACUCCCUCCUCCUACUCGGCCACCAGCUCGUCUCAGGCUAAUCAGUCAGAGUUCACUGAGAUGGCAUGGGAGGGAAUUAUUGGUGCUGUUGAUGCAGCACGGCUUAACAAACAACAGGUGGUGGAAUCGGAGCAUUUGAUGAAAGCUCUCCUGGAGCAAAAGGAUGGCCUAGCCAGGAGAAUAUUCACAAAGGCAGGACUUGACAACACGUCAGUUCUGCAGGCUACGGAUGAUUUUAUAUCUAAACAACCAAAAGUGAUAGGUGACACUAGCGGCCCUAUAAUUGGCGCACAUCUCAGUAACCUCCUGGAUGAAGCCCAAAAGCAUAAGAAAGAAAUGAAAGAUGAUUUUGUGUCAGUAGAGCAUCUCGUAUUGGCAUUCCAUUCAGACAAGAGGUUUGGGAAGCAAUUAUUUAUCAAUCUCCAGCUCAGUGAGAAAGAUUUGAAGGAUGCCGUUAGUGCUGUUCGCGGAAGUCAGAGAGUAACUGAUCAGAAUCCUGAAGGGAAAUAUCAAGCAUUGGAGAAAUAUGGGAAUGACUUGACUGAACUUGCUCGGCGAGGCAAACUUGAUCCUGUUAUAGGUCGAGAUGAUGAAAUUCGGCGCUGUAUCCAGAUAUUAUGUAGGAGAACAAAAAACAAUCCUGUUAUUAUUGGCGAACCUGGUGUUGGGAAGACAGCAAUUGCUGAAGGAUUGGCUCAACGGAUUGUGCGAGGGGAUGUUCCAGAACCACUGUUGAAUCGGAGGUUAAUCUCCCUAGAUAUGGGUUCAUUGGUUGCUGGUGCCAAGUUUCGUGGAGACUUUGAGGAAAGGUUGAAAGCUGUUUUAAAGGAAGUUACCGCUUCAAAUGGGCAGAUUGUUUUAUUCAUUGAUGAGAUCCAUACUGUUGUUGGUGCAGGUGCUACAAGUGGUGCAAUGGAUGCUGGGAACUUGUUGAAACCAAUGCUUGGGCGAGGUGAGCUUCGGUGUAUCGGAGCAACUACAUUGACUGAGUACCGAAAAUACAUUGAGAAAGAUCCCGCACUUGAGCGUAGAUUUCAACAAGUCUUCUGUGAUCAACCAUCUGUUGAAGACACAAUAUCCAUUCUACGAGGGUUACGUGAGCGUUAUGAGCUGCACCAUGGUGUUAAAAUAUCAGACGGUGCUCUUGUUGCAGCAGCAGUUCUUGCUGAUCGAUACAUCACAGACCGUUUUUUGCCUGACAAAGCCAUUGAUCUUGUUGAUGAGGCUGCUGCAAAGCUGAAAAUGGAAAUCACUUCUAAGCCUACUGAGCUGGAUGAGAUAGACAGAGCUGUUAUAAAGUUGGAGAUGGAGAAGCUCUCAUUGAAAAAUGACACCGAUAAAGCAUCUAAAGAAAGGUUAAGCAAGCUAGAAAAUGAUUUGGCUUUGCUUAAACAAAAACAGAAAGAAUUAACUGGACUGUGGGAACAUGAAAAGGUUCUCAUGACACAAACAAGAUCAAUUAAAGAAGAGAUUGAUAGAGUUAACCAAGAGAUGGAAUCUGCUGAGCGCGAAUAUGACCUAAAUCGUGCAGCUGAACUCAAGUAUGGAACUCUAAUGACCCUUCGACGCCAAUUAGAAGAGGCAGAGAAGAACCUUGCUGAAUUCCGGAAGUCUGGACAUUCUUUGCUUCGAGAAGAGGUCACUGAUCUUGAUAUUGCUGAGAUUGUUAGCAAAUGGACCGGUAUACCGGUAUCAAAUCUUCAACAAUCAGAGAGAGACAAGCUAGUCAAGCUGGAAGAGGUUCUUCACAAGAGGGUGGUUGGUCAAGACAUGGCAGUUAAAGCAGUUGCAGAUGCCAUCCGACGCUCAAGGGCAGGACUGUCUGACCCAAAUAGACCCAUAGCAAGUUUCAUGUUCAUGGGCCCUACUGGUGUGGGGAAAACAGAGCUUGCAAAAGCCUUAGCUGGUUAUCUCUUUAACACAGAAAAUGCUCUUGUCAGAAUCGAUAUGAGUGAGUACAUGGAGAAGCAUGCAGUUUCGCGACUCGUUGGGGCUCCACCUGGUUAUGUUGGUUAUGAAGAAGGUGGGCAGCUAACUGAAGUGGUUCGUCGAAGGCCAUAUUCUGUAGUCCUCUUCGAUGAAAUAGAGAAAGCGCAUCAUGAUGUCUUCAACAUUUUGCUACAAUUGUUGGAUGAUGGAAGAAUAACUGAUUCUCAAGGAAGGACAGUUAGUUUCACGAAUUCUGUUGUGAUAAUGACUUCGAACAUUGGCUCCAAUUAUAUACUUGAGACUCUCAGCACAAAGGAUAGCAAGGAAGCAGUUUAUGAGAUAAUGAAAAAACAAGUUAUUGAGUUGGCUAGACAAACCUUUCGCCCAGAAUUUUUGAAUCGAAUUGACGAGUAUAUUGUGUUCCAGCCUCUGGACUCCAAUGAAAUAAAGAAGAUUGUUGAGAUACAGCUGAAUCGGUUGAAGGAGAGGCUGAAACAGAAGAAAAUAGAUCUUCAUUACACGAAGGAAGCUAUUGAGCUUCUUGGGAAAUUAGGCUUUGACCCAAAUUUUGGAGCAAGGCCGGUUAAGAGGGUGAUACAGAGGUUGGUGGAGAAUGAAAUAGCAAUGGGCAUCUUGAGAGGAGAGUUCAAUGAAGACGACUCGGUGGUGGUUGAUGCCGAUCCAUCAGACAAAGACAUUCCUCCCCAUAAAAGAUUGCGCAUAAAGAAACUGGAGAGAGACUCUGUAAUGGAUGCCAUGGUUGCUAAUGACUGAGUUUUGCAUUUAGGAGUUUGUAAAUUUUAGGGUGAAUAAAAGUCACAUUUUCUAUAUUUUGCCAAUUUUCAUGUACAAUCAAUGUCUAAGGAAAUGGGAGGUUUUGCUGCCAGAA